AUGGAGAAAAGAUUGAGGCAAAGACUCGAAAAGCAAAAGAUAGAGGUGGAAAAUGCCUUGAGAGAGAAACUUAUGGAGAUGGAACGACAAUAUGAAUUGAACACUUCUGAAAUUGUUCGUUAUAAAGCUAUGCUCAAAAAAUCUCAUGAAGAAAAUACCGAACUUUGUUAUCGUUGGCAAAGAGCUGCUAAAUUACUCGAAGGUAUAAAAUUUGCUACGACGGAGUCGGAAAAUUUCCAACAGCGCUUGGAAGAAAAGUUAGGUGUUCUUGUCAAGAAAUUCAGAAAUGAAGCGAAUAAUUCCAAAACAAAAAUGAUGACAUAUGUGGUGGAUAAUUUUGAAGCUGCGAUGAAAGUUAUCCUAAGUGACGAGCCUAAUCUUCAUUACUUUAUGCAAUCAAACAAAGAUUUAACUAUGGUAGGAAAUAACGAAUUAAACAAAUGGUCACAAAUAACAACUGAAAACAGCAGUGAGAAAAGGAAGAAAUCCGUUAAGGAAGAGCAGAAAGUUUUGUCGGAUUUUAAAAAAUUUAUUUCGAACAUUGAUUCUUUAUUGAAGACAUUUUAUCAGAAACAAGAAACCGAGCUUGCUAACAGCACUUCGCAAAUUAUUGGUCGCGUAGAAAAGAUAAAACAGACAAUAAAACGUGCGGGUGACUUAAAUGAUAUUCUUGAUGUGAACAAAUUUAUAAGCAGAGUUCCCCAAAAUAUACUAGAAGAAGUGAAAGAUAUGAGUGAUAAAUUCAAAAUACUAAAUAAAAGAAUGAAUGAAAUGAGUCUGGAAAUCGGAUUGAGAAAUGAUGAGGAAGAGAAAUGGAGAGAACUGAUUGCAGAAGAAAACAAAGUGAUGGAGGCUUGUCGGAAGAUUGAUCACGAACAACAGGAACUUGAAUUUAUACUGAACAGAGCAGAGCUAAAAUAUGACCAGUUAUAUAGACAGAUCUAUCUUGGCAGUAAUACAGUACUGGAAGGCUCAUCUAGGGAAAAUAUCCGAGAGUUCAUUGAAGACUAA